UCUGCGCAGAUUCCGUCGCUGAACGACGUGCCGCUGCACGACCUCGCCGCGGACAGCCUCGUGAGGUUCCGCUGCAUGGUGCAGGACAUGUACGACCCCGAGUACUACCUGCGCGUCUACGAGGUCCGCCACCGGCAGUCCGGCGAGCGCAGGCUCAAGGUCGGCAAGUACAGGGACGUGGCCGAGUGCGGGCCGCACGAGGAGGUGCUGCUGGAGUCUCCCUGUAACCGCCCCAGCGACCGCGAGGUGCUGUACUGCGUGCCCGUGCCGGGCGAGGCGGUGUGGGUGAAGACCGGGCACGCGCGGCAGACGCAGGGCCGCGCCGUCGCCUCCACGUCCAGCGUCGCCGCGCGCAGCAAGCGAGCGCUCGACGACGACGACGACGCGUCGCGGGAGGUCCCCGGCGGCGGCCACAAUGGACAUGCGUCGGUCGCUGAUCCGGUAUCCAUAGCAACGGGAACUCGGAACGACGACGUGGAGAUGGACGAGACGUCAUCGGGAGCGGGCGUUGCCAUGACGACCGAGCAGAAGCGGUCGCGGACAAGAGCAGACGACGCAAUAUACAAGAUCGUACAAUUAAUUUCCACAGAUAAUGAUGAGAAAACGUGGGAGGAGAAUGUGCGUGGAUAUUUUGCAAAGCGUUUCGAAGAAUCUGCAUUGGUUUCGAGUCCCGUCCCCGCACCGGGAAAGCAGGAAUCGUCAGCAUCCCGUAAAUCGUCUUCCGUGUCGCGAUUAGUUGCAGAGGGAUUCAUCCAGGCUCAACUAGCGGAAACGCGGGAGGAGCUGCUGGGCGUGUUGACGGAAGCCUUGCUGGGAGACAAGAUGGCCGCCACGUACCUGCUGUGCAACCUUGUGUCGUCCGUAUACGCUAGACAAGACGUGUUGGCGAUGGGAAAGCUGAGUCUGAAUAUUGCGGGAGUGCCGUCGCAUUUUGCGAAUCACUUUCACGGACUACUGCAGGAGAUCGUCACGAAGUCGUUCCUGCUUCCGUUGACCCUGCAGAAUCUCAAUCAGAAGGCGUUCAUUCCCAAGAAGGACUACACGGUGAAUCGAUUGACCAGUGGGCUGCUGCAGCUGAGCGAUGGCACACACGUCGUGGUGGAUGAGUCGGUGAUGCAAGCAGGACAGCUGGACACUACAGGCAAGAGCACGCCGUAG